AUGAGUUCGACAUUUUUCUCAGCCCCCCCUCCAUCAGAAAAUGAAAAAAAAUUGCGCAGCGACAACAGAAAGCUCAAGCGCGAAAUCGACAUUGGAAAGGAGGAUUUGGAAAAUGAAGUUGGUAUUUUUCUGUUUUAGCGUAAAAUACAACAUUUCCACUGAGAAUUUUGAUUUUUGCAGCGUGUAUUACAUCGAAAAUCAAGAAAACUGGCGCGUGACUUAUCAAUAGAACUGGAAGAUGCGGUAAGUUUUUUGAAGUUGAUGAUUUUUCCAAACAUUGAUUCACAACCUAAAUUGAUGAUUUCAGAAAUUGCAAGCUGAAACAGCAGUCAGCGAAAAUCGAGAUGUUUUGGAACAAUUGAAAGAAUGUAAAGAAAAUGCUUUGAAAUGGAAAGAGGAUUUUGAGGCAUUGAAGGUGGUUGUGGAUGGAAAGACGGCCCAAAUCAAUGGAUUACUGGACUCACUUGCUAAAGUUAGUUUUUUUGAAUUUCUUGUAUGUAUACUCAUAUAUCUACAUUCCAGGCACAACAAACAACUUCUGCUACGAAUUGA